AUGGACAUUACCGGAAACGCCUUUGUCGUCGGCGGAGGGGGCGGAAUCGGCAAGGCCUGCGCGCUGGCCUUUGCCACAGAAGGCGCUACUGUAGUCGCGGUUGCAGACCUCGAUGCAAAAAAGGCGGUCGAGGUUGCCGCCGAGUGCCAGGCGUUGGCGCCUUCGGCUGAAUUUCGAGCUAUCGGAGUACAGAUCGACAUCACGCAGGAGGACUCGGUCAGGUCCGCAACUGAGCAGGUGGUACAGUUACUUGGUCGCAUAGAUUAUUGCGUGAACUGCGCUGGGAUUGGAGUUCAACAAGGGGCUGACAUUGCAACGUUGCCAUUGGCUGAAUUCAGGCGUUUUCUCGACGUCAAUACAAUUGGCAUGUUCCUGGUAACUCGAGAAGUGUCUGCAGCUAUGCGUGCCCAGGAGCCCAGACUGGUCUCGUCCGAGUCGCCUAGACGGGGAACCACACGCGGCGCAAUUGUUAAUCUCGCGUCAGUCCUGUCUGUUGUUGCGGCGCCCGGGAUUAUCCCCUAUACAGCAUCCAAGCAUGCAGUCUUGGGCCUGACAAAGAAUGCAGCCUUGGACAAUGUGUCGCAUGGUAUUCGGGUAAACUGUGUCUGUCCUUCAUGGGUCGACACUCCCAUGGUACAACAGGCAGAGGAGGGCGUUCAGGGUCUUACACAAUUCAUCAAAUCUGUAGUGCCUAUGGGUCGCAUCGCUGUCCCAGAAGAAAUUGCCGACGCUGUCAUCUUCUUGGCCAGCCCCAGAUCCAGUUAUGUGACUGGCUCUGGUUUCAUCGUGGACGGCGGCACCACGCUCACUGCUAUGAGCAAAAUGGCCGAACAAACCGAGACCUCUACUGCUGGUUACAACUAUGUCAGCUACGGCACGGAGCAGCACCCUAUCGCUGGUCUCUCCCGUGUCGUGCGCCACAUCACAGGCCAUGAUUCGGAGGGUCGAUCCGUGUUUUUGUCUACCGACAUCGGUGACCACCACCGCACAUUGGGCGAGAAGCAAGCAAUUUCCAACAUCAUCUACUCGACCAAUCAAACUCCCGUGGAGCUAAACGGUAACCACGAUAUUGAGUUCGCCAGAAACACUGAGCCCGGUCUCCACGUCAAAGACGGCUCAGUCGCACGCCUGAUCGACUUCGCUCCGGGUGUUGAAUCCCCGCUGCACCGCGCCGUUAGCCUCGACUACGGUGUCGUCAUCGAGGGCGUGUUCAAGAUGGUCCUGGACUCAGGCGAGGAGCGCAUCAUGCGUCCUGGCGACAUCAGCGUUCAACGCGCCACGGCUCACAAGUGGAUCAACGUCACCGGCAAUGGCACUCUCCCCGGUCGUAUGCUCUUUGUUCUGCUCGAUUGCAAUGAUGUGUAUGUGAAUGGCAAGAAGAUGGAGGGUUAUCUGGGAACCCUUGCCAAGGACUAUGAAGGACGUAGUAGUUAG